AUGGCAGAUAAAGCAGCUUCACUCACAUUCCAGCCGCAGCCCAGCGACGUCUUGAUUGCCGUCAUGGGAAUCACAGGUUCUGGGAAAAGCACAUUUAUCUCCCACUGCACCGACAAGAAUAUUUCCAUCGGAGAGGGUCUUCAUAGUGACACACAAGACAUUGUCCCCUACCCCUGCAAACCCGAUAUUGGCGCCAACGUCUACCUCAUCGACACCCCAGGUUUCGACGACACAGAACGCGACGAUGCCGAAAUUCUCAGACAGAUUGCGACUUGGGUAGGCGACACAUAUAAGAAGAAGGUACAUAUCCGCGGCAUCUUAUACCUUCACCGCAUUACCGACGUUCGGAUGCAAGGGGCAGCUAUCAGAAACCUCUUCAUGUUCAAGAAGCUCUGCGGGAAAGACGCUCUACAGAAUGUUAUUCUCGUCACGACGAUGUGGGAGGAGGUUCGACACAAUGUCGGGAUUCAGAGAGAGGAUGAACUCAGAACGAAACCCGGUUACUGGGGUGAGAUGAUUAGUAGAGGCUCGAGGAUGGCACGACAUCAUAACCACGAUGAAUCGGCGCGCAAUAUUAUCCACACCCUUCUCGACACAACGACGCGGACCACGCUCGCGAUCCAAACGGAGAUGGUAGACGAGAACAAGGAUCUCCACGACACCAGUGCAGGGAAGGAGCUGGACAGUAUAUUGACACUUGAGCGUGAGCGCUUUGCCCGCGAUAUUGAACAGCUGAAGCAAGAUAUGGCAGAGGCUCGAGAGCUUCAAGACAAAGAGUCACAGGAUCAGAUACAGCAGCUACAGAAUCAGAGACAAGAUGAAAUUGCGAAUCUCCUCCACCAACAGGAAAGCUUGAAGGUUAGCCUGGAACAGCUUCACGAGGAGAGGUUCGCAAAACUGGAGCAGCUUUUGACCACGCAACAGAGCCAAAUGGAGAAGGACAGGUUGAAAAUUGCGGAACUCAGGGAGCAGUUGGCUAAAGCGUCGCUGGUGAAAAAUCCAGAUCUGACACAUUCGUCGAGCAACUUGGAUGCAGCAACUUACAGAUGCGUCCACAACCUCGAGGGAUAUACUAGUGAGGUUAAUUCCGUGUUCUUCUCACCGGACAGCGAAUGCUUGGCUUCAGGGUCGGGAGACCAUACCAUCAAGAUUUUUGAUAGCAAGCUCGGCCGCUGUCUACAAACACUUGAGGGCCAUAGCCGUUCGGUCUCGUCCAUAGCCUACUCUCCGGACGGACGCCACAUAGCUUCAGCCUCGAGGCUGCAAAAAGGGACCAUCAACAUAUGGGAUAGCAGGUCUGGUCGCUCUCUCCAAAGACUUGAGGACGAAGAUGGUGCGGUCUUCUCUUUGGCCUACUCGCCCGACGGCCGCCGAAUUGUCUCAGCCACAGGGUCAUCUGAUAAUACUGCUAAGUGA